AUGGAUUCGGUCGAGAAGCCAAAUAAAGAUCCGAUCAGGGAGCAAGCACCAAUACCGCGCCAUGGCGAGUCCUCGUCGUCUGGGGACGAGAUGACCAUAACACACAAUGAGCACCCACUGCAUGCCGAACAUGGUGUUCUCAUCGAUGAUUUGACACAUAUGAGAACGGUGGAAGAGGAGUAUGCUGCUCACCAUGAGUACCUCUGGCCACGCAUACGCCACCAUCUCCGAGAACCCUUCAUGGAAUUCAUGGGCACUUUCACUAUGAUUGUCUUUGGCGACGGCAGCGUUGCACAGGUGCUGCUGUCGGCAAAUCCCAAUCUGCCGGCAAGUUCUCAGAAUAAGGGUGACUAUCAAUCUAUCUCCUGGGGGUGGGGCAUUGGAGUCAUGUUAGGAAUCUAUGUCGCCGGUGGUGCUGGCGGGCAUUUGAACCCGGCAGUGACGAUGUGCAUGUGCAUAUACCGAAAAUUCCCCUGGAAGAAACUCAUCCCCUACGCUAUCGCCCAAGUCCUCGGCUGCUUCUGCGGCGCCGCCGUCAUCUACGGAAACUACAAAUCCGCCAUUGACGAGUUCGAGGGCGGAGCUGGAAUCCGUACUGUCCCAGGCUACAGCGAGACCGCGACCGCCGGCGUCUUCAAUACCUACCCUCAGCCUUUCCUCUCCAAGACGGGCCAGGUCUUCUCGGAGAUCAUCGCGAGCACGAUCCUGAUCUUCGUGAUCUUUGCACUCAAGGAUGAUGGGAAUUUGGGCGCGGGCGACAAAACGCCGCUGAUGCUGUUCUUCUUGAUCUUUGGUAUUGGUGCGACUUUGGGAUGGGAGACUGGAUACGCGAUCAACCUCGCCCGUGACUUCGGUCCACGACUGUUCACCUACUGCGUUGGCUACGGGCCAAACGUCUGGAAAGCAGGCGACUACUACUUCUGGGUUCCAAUGGUUUGCCCUUUCAUCGGCACAGCCUUCGGCGGAUUUUUGUACGAUUUGCUGAUUUUCACUGGCGAAUCACCGAUCAACACUCCCUGGAUCGGUGUGAAGCGGAUUGUACGACCCAACAGGAAGAGCCAGAAGACCGUUGCUGCUGGAAACCCGGUGAAGCAGGUCUGA